CGCUCUAACCAAUUGGCGCGCUGGAGGGUGGGGCUUGGAGGUGUCAUGGCGGCGCACAUGGAUGGGUCGUCUUUAAGUGCUAAAUAGUGUCUGUUGCUUUACCAUCCGGACUGCAGUAAAUAUUGUGCAAACAUCUUCUAAGGAACAUAUUUAAAAAUCGAGAAUCUAACAUGGGGACUGUCCACGCCAGGAGUCUCGACCCCCUCCCAAUGCAAGGACCUGACCUUGGGGUGCAAGCCGAUGAGGUUGACAUGGUGGAGGUGGAACCGGAGGCAAAGCAAGAAGUUCUUGAAAACAAAGAUGUUGUAGUCCAGCAUGUUCAUAUAGAUGGACUGGGGAGAACAAAAGAAGAUAUCCUGGGAUAUGAAAUCGCAGAAGUCUUUGCUGCCAAAAACCUCAUCGAUGUCAUGAAAAGAUCUCACGAUGCUCGAGCCAAGUUGCUACGGCUGGGCAUCUUCAGACAGGUGGAAGUCCUCAUCGACACCUCGCAAGGAAAUGGCGCUCUGCCCAACGGUCUCGAUGUCACAUUUGAAGUAACAGAAUUGAGAAGAAUGACUGGAAGCUACAACACGAUGGUCGGCAAUAAUGAAGGAAGCAUGGUGCUGGGCAUUAAGCUGCCCAACUUUCUUGGCCGUGCGGAAAAACUCACCUUCCAGUUCUCCUACGGAACCAAAGAGACAUCCUACGGCCUGUCCUUCUUCAAACCUCAGCCUGGAAACUUUGACCGCAAUUUCUCUUUAAACUUGUACAAAGUCACGGGCCAGUUUCCCUGGAGCUCGCUGAGAGAGACCGACCGUGGCGUCUCCACAGAGUUUAAUUUCCCGGUGUGGAGGAGUAACCACACACUGAAGUGGGAGGGGGUGUGGCGGGAGCUCGCCUGCCUGGCUCGUACCGCCUCCUUCGCCGUCAGAGAGGAGAGCGGCCACUCCCUAAAAUCCUCCCUCUCGCAUGCCAUGGUUAUUGACACCAGGAACUCCGCUAUCUUCCCGAAGAAAGGUGCCUUACUGAAGAUAAACCAGGAGCUGGCAGGCUACAGCGGUGGUGAUGUCAGCUUCCUGAAGGAGGACUUUGAGAUCCAGCUCAACCAGCGUCUCUUCUGGGAUUCAGUCCUCUCGGCCUCCCUGUGGGGGGGUGUGCUCAUGCCAAUCGGAGACCAGCCUAGCUGCAUCGCUGACAGGUUCUACCUGGGGGGUCCCACCAGUGUGAGGGGGUUCAGCAUGUACAGCAUCGGACCCCAGAGUGAAGGUGAUUACCUGGGUGGAGAGGCCUACUGGGCAGGCGGGGUCCACCUGUACACGCCCCUGCCCUUCCGGCCUGGCCGAGGGGGGUUCGGAGAUCUCUUCCGGACGCACUUCUUCCUCAAUGCUGGGAACCUGUGCAACCUCAACUAUGGCGAUGGGCCGCAGGCUCACCUGCAGAAGCUGGCAGAGUUUAUCCGCUGGUCGUACGGAGUGGGCAUCGUGCUGCGCCUGGGGAACAUCGCCCGGCUGGAGCUCAACUACUGCGUUCCCAUGGGAGUGCAGAGCGGAGACAGAAUAUGCGACGGCGUCCAGUUCGGAGCAGGAAUCCGCUUCCUGUGAUGUCCUCAUCUUCCUAGACCCUGCAGCAAAGCAUUGUGGGAAAGGAAAGGGGAGAUUUUUUUGGCACUUGUGUGCUGUACAGAGUGUAGCCCUGAGAGGGGCCCCAGACACACCUGGCCCCCAGGGUCCCUGCAGUCCAGGUAGCAUAGACAAAGCUCCGCCCAAUUCUGUCAUUUCCACUCGUCACUGUGCUUGUAACCUAGGAGAUGAGGUUCGGAUUAGGAAGUUUCUCCAAACUGAGGGAAUUACGUUAAAGUCAUAAAACUUCCUGUAGGUAACUGACUAUUUUAAGAAGUUUUCAGCAUGAAACAUGUACUUCCGUCUGUACAGUGUUUUGUUGGGAAUUCUCAGGGAUCUGCAGGAGUGUUGUUACCAUCAUCCCAAGAGUUAAAUUAGAAUGGGCCAGGUCUGGUGUAUUGCAUGCACAGUGGCUUGUCCAGGAUCAGUGUAUUGGCACAGUGUACUGAGAAGCUGAUCCCAGGUCAAAACCUCUCCUUUGGACUGCAGCCCCUGGAGGUCAGGGGUGGAAACCCCACCAUCAGUGCCCUUAGAAGUCAUAUUUAAAUGUUGUCUGCACUGUGAUGCACAGAAAUAAACAUGAUUUUGUUUC